AUGAUGUGCAUGCGCGGCCAUGUCGUCGCCGUCGCCUUGGCGGUUGCCGGCCUGCUGACGACCCUCGAGCUCGCGGCUGGCAUACCGUGGGAGGCAUGCGGCAACGCAACUGCUAACUACACGGCCAACAGCAGAUACCAGCACAACCUCGGCCUGGUGGCCGCGGCCCUACCCACCAACGUCUCCACGUCCCCUGCCCUCUUCGCCACCGCCGUGAACGGCGACGCGCCGGACAAGGUGUACGCCAUCGGGGUAUGCCGCGGCGAUCAGAACGCCUCCGCCUGCCAAGACUGCAUCGCCGCCACCUUCAGGGACGCGCAGAAGCUCUGCCCCUACAACAGGGGCGCCGCCAUCUUCUACGACAUCUGCCUCGUCGGCUUCUCCGACAGGGACCUGCUCGUCGCGCGCACCAACUCCGACGACCAGGAGGUGCAGCUCUACAACGCCCAGAACGUCACCUCCGACGUCAGCCAGUUCAACGCAACCGUCUACAAGCUCCUCGGCUCCAUGGCCGAGUACGUCGAAACCAUAAACUCGGCGAGGAAGUUCGCCACCGGGACCAUCGGCUUCGACGAUACCUACCCCAAUAUCUACAGCAUGGUGUGGUGCACGCCUGACCUGACGCCUGGGCAGUGCCGCGCUUGCCUUGCCGCCACCAUUGCCGAGAUGCCGCGCGUCUUCAUCCCGAAUACGCGGGGCGCCAGGAUCACCGGCCUGCGAUGCAGCGUGCGGUAUGAGGUAUACCCGUUCUACAACGGCGCCAUCAUGCUGCAGCUGCCGGGCACCUCGGCUGGUAAGAAGAGUAAUGAAACCGGUAAAAUUCUUGCAAUUGUGCUACCUUCAGUGGCAGCUCUACUUGUGAGCAUUGUGGCGUGCUUUUGUUGCUGGAGGAGGAGGACAAAAAGUAAAAACUUACUGGCAUAUGGAUCUCAUGUGGAGGGCAUUGAUAGUAUUGAAUCACUUAUUAUUGAUCUACCAACAAUACGAACUGCCACAGAUAACUUUCACGAAAAUCGUAAGCUUGGUGAAGGAGGAUUUGGUGCAGUUUACAAGGGCUCCCUUCCUAAUGGUCAAGAUAUAGCAGUGAAACGCCUCUCUCAGAGUUCUCGGCAGGGAAUAGGGGAACUAAAAAAUGAGCUAGUCUUAAUUGCCAAUCUUCAGCAUAAAAACCUCGUGAGGCUUAUUGGCGUCUGCUUGCAGGAGGACGAGAAGCUUCUUGUCUAUGAAUGCAUGCCGAACAGAAGUCUGGACACCUUUCUUUUCGGUACAGUGCAAAAUACAAUUACUCGACCAUAUUCCUAUAUUUGCGGGAAAAAAUCAUGGUAUCCAUCCGAAGGUCAUAACUCUAAUUUUUUUUAUCUCACUGGACAAACAGAUUCCGAGAAACGCAAAGAGUUACAUUGGGGGAAGAGAUUCACGAUAAUAAAUGGGAUUGCUCGUGGAUUGCAAUAUCUGCAUGAAGAUUCCCUGUUGAAGAUAGUUCACCGGGAUCUAAAGGCAAGUAACAUCCUCUUGGAUGCAGACAUGAAUCCAAAGAUUUCGGACUUUGGCUUGGCAAGGCUUUUUGGAGGGGAUCAAUCACAAGACACCACAAAUCGAGUUGUUGGAACAUAUGGAUACAUGGCACCAGAAUAUGCUCUACGUGGGCAGUAUUCUAUAAAGUCGGACAUAUAUAGCUUUGGUGUGUUGAUGUUGGAGAUCCUCACAGGAAGGAAAAAUAGUGACUCCUACAAUUCUGACCAAUCUGUUGAUCUGCCGAGUCUCAUAUGGGAACACUGGACAAUGAAAUCAGUUAUGGAGAUGAUGGACCCAUACAUGAGUGGCGAUUCCUCGCAGGACGAGAUUUUGAGAUGUGUUCACAUUGGACUAUCAUGCGUUCAGGAAGACCCUGCUUACAGGCCAACUAUAUCAACAAUCAAUAUCAUGCUGGAUAGCAACACGGUCCCAUCUCAACCUCCAUUGAAGCCGGCAUUCUACGUAGAGAUGGGUGGCGACAUUGUCUCAGACAUGUAUUCCCGAUCAUACCCAGGAGGUGUCAAUGAUUCAACAUCCAAGUCGAAUGCAAUGUCACCGAAUGAGAUGUCGAUAACAGAUCCAGAACCAAGAUAA